AUGACCAACUUCAACAUGAAGCCCACCGAGCCUACAUCUACCUCGCAGAAGAGAAAGAUCAUCAUUUUCUCUGAUUUCGAUGGCACAAUCUUCAUGCAAGAUACUGGCCACAUCCUCUUCGACAACUACGGCUGCGGCGAAGAAGCCCGCAACAAGCUCGAUGAACAAAUCAAGUCCGGCGAACGGUCCUUCCGCGAAGUCUCGGAGGAAAUGUGGGGAUCCCUAGACGUCCCCUUCGACGAUGGCUUCGUCGUCAUGGAAAAGACCCUCGAAAUCGACCCGGGCUUCCGCGAAUUCCACCAAUACUGCAUCGAAAACGGGUUCCCCUUCAACGUGAUCAGUGCCGGUCUAAAGCCCGUUUUGCGUCGGGUAUUGGAUACGUUCCUGGGCGAGAAGGAGGCAGCUGCAAUCGACAUUGUCGCCAACGACGCCAUAAUCAAACCGGACGGGUCCUCGUGGAAACCCAUCUGGCGCCACGACACGGAACUAGGCCACGACAAAGCCCUCUCCGUCAACGAAGCCCGCGCAAAAGCGCAAUCCGAGUGUCUCCCGGACGAGAUGCCCCUCAUCGUCUUCAUUGGCGACGGCGUCUCCGAUCUAGCCGCCGCCCGCGAAGCAGACGUUCUCUUUGCCCGUCGCGGUCUCCGUCUCGAGGAGUACUGCCAGGAGCACAAGAUUCCUUAUAUCCCCUUUGAUAGUUUCCUUGAUAUCAAGCGUGAGAUCGAGGCUAUCAGUCGGGAGGAUCAAAGUCAGACUGGCGGUGUGGGUAAGCCGGUGCGGUAUAACCCGCGGGCUAACAUGUGGAGGCGGAUUUCUUCGAAAGAAGCGGUGCCGACUUUGAUGACCGUUGGUACUCCCUCCAAGGAAGAGAAGAUGUUCCUUUGGCCGGAGACUUUCUCCGAUUAUAAGCCCCAGGCGACGAUUCAGGAAAGCGAUGAGACGGCUGUUGCUUGA